AUGGUGAUAUUUUUCUAAAAUUUAAGAGUAAUUUGCAUCAUUUACUUUAUCCUCAAUCAUCUUUUUACAAGCUGCAAAGUCAUCUAAUUAAAUAAGCCUAGUAGAAUUAUUUAUCUGAAAAAUUAAAUUUAUCCCAUUUUGUAAUCCUUGUUGUUUUUUAGCUUCUCUAAAUUUAGUUAUUCUUAAUAAGCUAGGGUAACAAUAUAAAAUAUUGCAGAAUUCCUAAUAGAAAUAUAAAAUUAUUUAAAUAUUUUAUAUUACAAAAAUAAAUAAAUAAUUAAUAAUGUUAAUUCUCAUUAUUCUAUUAAGUAUUUAUUUUUUAAUAACUUUAUUUAUGAGUUUCAGUUAAUUUUUGAUUUUAAGCGUACUUAAGCAUUUAAAGGAAAGUGGAAGGAUUAUAUAAAUACUUUAAGAACUAAUUUGAUUGAAAAUAGAAUUUUCUAUUUCUACUUGAUCGAUUAUAUUCCUUAAAGAUUAUUAGUUUAAAUAGAUUAAUAUCUUAAAAACAAUAUCAAUAGUGCAAGCAAACUUUUUGUUAAAUUUAUAAUAAAUUAUAUUUUCAGAUUUAUAUAUUACAAUUAAGACCCUUUAAGAUAGGGAGACUUAAAUAAACAUUUAAAUUUGAAAAGGAUAAAUAAAUUUCAAUUUUGA